GCGACUCCUGCUCUUCUACUCCUGCCUUAUACAUUUUGACUCACUCUAUCUCUUCUUGAAUUAUGAGUCCCUCUAACUCUAAAGCUCUUUAAUUUCAUGUGAGAGGGUGAAAAUUUUUGCUGGACUCUUUGAAUUUAAGGAGGAAGGCUGUUAUUCAGGACAGAGACUAUGUUUCAAGAGGCAAUUACUUUAGAGUCACUUCCAUGUUCUGUUGAGACCACCAAAGUGUAUACUCCACAAGUUGCAGAUGUGUUCAUGCCUACAAAAAACCUUGAGUUUAGAACCCUUGAAGAACUUUAUAAAUUUUACAAUAAGUAUGCUUUUGAAGCUGGGUUCAGUGUUCGGAGAAGUACUACUGCCAAGAGCAAAGAUGAUUCAGAAAUUAUAAGACAAGAAUUUUGUUGUUACAAAGAAGGGCAUUCAAAGAAGAAAACUGUUCAGCCAAAGAAGCAGAAAGGGAUUGUAAGAACUGGUUGUCUGGCAAAGAUUGUUGCUGUGAAGAGAUCUAGCAUGUAUGUAGUCACUCAAUUUAUGGAGGCUCAUAACCAUCCUUUGACAAGUCGAGACAGAGUUCAUUUGUUACCAUCUCAUUGUCAAGUUUCAAAUGCUACCAAAUGCUUAACCAUGGAACUUGGAUUGGUAAAUAUUCCUACUCACCAACAAAUCAGUUUUCUUGAAGUUCAAUCGGGAGGAAUUGAGAAUAUGGGCUGUACAGGAAAAGAUAUAUACAAUUAUGAAAGAGAUAAGUGAAAAAAGUUGCAGGGACAUGAUGGAGAUAUGUUGUAUGCUCACUUUUUAUCCUAGCAGGAGAAGAAUCCAUUUUUCACUUUCAAGAUAGUUGAAGACAAUGAAAAUAGAAUCAAACAUUGUUUUUGGGCAGAUGCGACCUCGAGGAAGGCUUACAGUCAAUUUGGGGAUGUGAUUAUCUUUAUACAACAUACAACACUAACAAAUAUCGGU